UCAGCCGAAGUAUCAUCAAAGGCUACUUCAUGCAUGGUUGGUCUUGCAGUUGCCUUCGGAAUGCCCGAAUUUCUGCUUUCCUCUGCGGCAUCGUUGUUUUGCGAUAAAGUGUCCAACGAAACUGAAAGUAGUGCAUUACAAUCGAUCACAAUUCCCACAAAUCAUCAUAAGUUGGCAAAUUUGGUUCAGCGAAUCAUUGCAAGACGCUCCGAAGAUCCUGGCGUGUACGUGGGCUUAUUCCUGAUCUUCCUUUGA